CCGCGAGCGCGGCCCGCCGUCCAGGUCCCUCCAUCUCGGUCGGGGGGCUCUGCCUGCGCCCUCCGACCGGAGAGUCUCCCCGGUGAAGUAGUGCUGCCCAUCGGUACCACCACGGGGUCUCUGAUGGCAUAUCCGGAGGUAUCUCCCCAAAAGUUCGUGCACUGCACGUGCGGGGGGUGACUCGGUCUGCAGCUGCCGUGUUUUUGCUCCGGGGAAAAAACUCUCACACCGAUAACCCUCUUUUGGGUGCUUUUUCUGCCUCACAGUGCGGGAAAAUCUUUCCAAAUGCUCUUUGCCCUCUCUGCUCCUUUUCUCUGGGGCUUCGGAGCCUUCUGUAGUUGUUAAGUAAGCGUUGUUGGAAUGGGCUGGAAAUACCAAUUUUUCUGUAUUAAACAGAUGAGGGAAACUGAGGCUGGGAUGUGCCAGGACUCGCCCAGCGGCAGCCAGCAGAUCUGGCACAGCCAUGGGACCCGCAGAUCCUGGUUCUGAAUCUGUAACUUACCUGAUGUUUCUAAUAAAAUGAACAGUUUGUUACAUUUUUGUAUCCCCUCUUCUUCUGGAGACUCCACACUUCACCUGUGUAACUGAGGCUCUCCUCCCUAGGCCUGGCAGGCAGGCAGUGGUGUGGUCUGAGAAGGAAAAGGGGUAACAGCAAGCACGUCAUGUUUGGUGCAGUGUCUUUGAGCAGAGGGUGUUGUAGCCUGUAGUUUUGUUUUCCCUAAGCCCUGUCCGAGCGCAACACUGGCCCAUUGACCUGUAGCUGCCCCCUUUAAUGCCAGUGCUCUGGUGUGGACUGGCUUUUGCUUUUGGUGAGGACAGCUCCAAACUGGAAAACUCUGUGCAGGCGUCGGAAUAGCCAUGUUCCAUGAUUCAGUGCUACCCCUAAGCCAGGCUCAAGUUCCCCCACUGAGGAACAAGUUAUCACUAGCCAAAGUUCUCUUUCCUUAAGGCAGCUGUGGAGUCUGCAUGGGGGCACUCCCUCACCUGACAGCCUUGGCAGGGUCAGGGCCUGGCUGAGAUUUCUAUUGUAGAUGUUUUUUGCACGUUAGAGGACCCAAACACUGGUGUUACUUGUGGCAGUGAUGGCAGCUGGGCAGAGCAGAGCGUGGGAGCUACUGAACAAAAUGCCUGGGUGCUGCACAAGGUUUGAACUCAGCCUGCUGGAACUGUGACCCAGGGAAGCUGCAGGUUGGGUUCCUGUGGACAUGCAGGAUCACUUCCCUCUGCUGCCAGGUUGGUUUAAUAUGACAAAUUGUGCAUGGAGCUUGAAGCUGGAGGAGACAUAGCGAUGGUGAGCAAAAAUAAGUAACGGGGAAGAAGCCUGCACGGAGGGGAUGGCUGGGGGCUGGAGGCUCUUCCCCCACAGCUUGGGGUCUCCUGAUGGCCGCACAGGUAGCUUGGAUCAUUUCCUGAUAAGAGACCUUGGCACUGUAUAGUAGGAAUACUGUAGUAUUAAGUUGCCAUUAGGUGUGGGUGACUACAAAGGGGGGAUUUCAGGGGUUUUGUGGGGAACUGUGGGAGCAAUGGCACAAAAACUUGCCUAUGGAGAAAUGCUGAGCACAGGUUGGAGCUGGCAUGGGGGGUAUGCAUCCAGUACAGGGCAAUAUUGGGGUCUCCCUGCUCUCAGGAAGCAUUUCUCACCCAGUCGGGUACUUGCAGACUUCCACAGGAGAUUCCCCAGUGUUUCCUGGGGUGUUUGCUAAUGCUGCUGCUGAGCUUCCCUGCCUGGCACACCAGGUCUCUCCCUGUGCUGCCCUGCCUGUGUACACAGGCCUGAUUGUCCCACUCAGCUUUCCUCCCUGCUCUCAUGCUCCAUCCAUGGCUCCUUCCCCUGUCCCAGGCGUCUGGAGCAGGCCCUGCUGCUUUGGGGGAAGGCUUCAUGCUCUUGGUAAUGAAACACAAAACUCUGAGUUCUGUGAUUAUUGAGAUUUCGGGGGCUUGGAAGUUGUGAGUCCUGCCAAGUGCCGUGGGAUGUCACUGGCAUUCCUUGUGCCUGGAAGGCACUAGGCAGGGUAAAACGACUCAGUGCCAAUCCCCUUCUAAACCACCUCCCCUCACCUCCAGCUUGGGCUCUGCCCUGAGGCCCGGUGUGAGGUUAGAAAACUCCACUUGCUUUGGACGCUCAUUGGCCUGAACUUUUCCUGGGAUUUUUUGCCUCAAGCAUUUAUCUAAUGAUGUUACUGGCUGUUCCUUGCUACAUCUAGUUCGCUUUUUGGUAUGUUUUUAAUCUAGAAUACUCAGAACAAGAAAACUUAAUAUUUCCAGUUUGGGGGAAUAACUGAAGCAUGCAAAAAUAGGCAGUUCUGCAAGGGCAGGUUUUCUUUAAAAAAAAAAUUCCAUAGGCCUGUAGCACCACUUAUUCCUGGAGUGUUUUUGCUUCCCCUGCUCUGCUUUGAAGGCAAGAAAGGAGAAGGGGAAGUAGUUGAAGUUUCUGAGGCUCUGAGUUGCUCUGUUCUUUAAGUGAAGUUUCUUUGGUGCUUUCUUCAAGCAUUCCUGCUCCAUUUGAUGGCCACAGACUCACCAUGAGCUCAUGGCAAAUCCGUGCUCGCUCACACAUGUGUUUCAACAGCAAGUCGUUAAAGCCUUUGCCCCAAGUCUGGGAAAUGGCUUCAAACUGAAAGAGGGUUGAUCUAGAUUAGCGAAGGAAGAGGGUUUUUUACAAUGAGGGUGGUGAGACCCUGGCACAGGUUGCCCAGAGAAGCUGUGGCUACCCCAUCCCUGAAAGUGUCCAAGGCCAGGCUGGACGGGGCUUGGAGCAACCUGAGCUAGUGGAACAUGUCCCUGCCCAUGGCAGGAGGUGGGACUGGAUGAGCUUUAAGGUGCCUUUCAACCCAAACACUCUGACUCUGUGAGUCUACUUCUGCUCCUGAGGCCCAAUUGCUCCCAUCUGGAUGCAGGAAAUGUUUCAUUUGGAACAACCUGCCAUGGAAUUGGCACAGGAACCUCGAGAAGUGCAAGUGGCUGUUUUGUGCUGGGAGCACGUGGUGAUGGCAGCCUGGCCUGCCAUGGUUUUAGGGAAGUGGUGGGGAGGGUGGGGGCCUCCGACGGGUGUUCUGACUGUGUUGCCCGUGCGAUUGUUCGGUCCUGGUGCUGCCUUUUGGUUUUGGUUUCUAACAGUCUGUUCUCUCUUCUCCCCCGACCCACCACAGAGUUCUACCUUGUAAAUACUGUUAUUUGUAUAUACUGUAAAUGAUGACAUCGGUGGGCACUAACCGAACCCGGGGGAACUGGGAGCAGACACAGACACAGAGCCAGACGCAGCACAAGCAGCGGCCGCAGGCCACUGCGGAACAGAUUCGACUUGCACAGAUGAUUUCGGACCACAACGAUGCUGACUUUGAGGAGAAGGUGAAACAACUGAUUGACAUCACAGGCAAGAACCAGGACGAGUGCGUGAUUGCUCUGCAUGACUGCAAUGGGGAUGUCAACAGAGCCAUCAACGUGCUGCUGGAGGGCAAUCCGGACACGCACUCCUGGGAAAUGGUCGGGAAGAAGAAGGGUGUCUCAGGACAGAAGGAGAGUGGACAGACAGAGCCCAGUGAAGAAAGCAAAGAAAACCGGGAGCGGGAGCGGGAUUUCAGCAGACGACGUGGUGGGCCACCGAGGCGGGGGCGAGGUGCCAGCCGUGGAAGAGAGUUUCGGGGCCAGGAGAAUGGACUAGACGGUGGGAAGAGUGGAGGAUCUUCUGGAAGAGGCACAGAAAGAGGGAGGCGGGGACGUGGCCGAGGCCGAGGUGGCUCUGGACGGCGAGGGGGAAGAUUUUCUGCCCAAGGCAUGGGAACUUUCAACCCUGCUGACUAUGCUGAGCCAGCCAGCACGGAUGAGAACUAUGGGAAUAACAACAACAACACGUGGAACAACACUGGGAGCUUUGAGCCGGACGAUGGCACAAGUGCGUGGAGGGCAGCGACAGAAGAAUGGGGCACAGAGGACUGGAAUGAAGAUCUGUCAGAGACAAAGAUCUUCACUGCCUCCAAUGUGUCUUCAGUGCCUCUGCCUGCUGAGAAUGUGACAAUCACAGCUGGACAAAGGAUCGAUCUUGCAGUCCUGCUAGGAAAGACACCGUCUUCUAUGGAGAGCGAGUCAACGAACCUGGAGUCAUCCCAGACUCCUUCUCUGGCCCAGCCACUGGUUUUCAGCAAUUCCAAGCAGACUGCUCUGUCCCAGCCUGCCUCUGGAAACUCCUUCUCUCACCACAGCAUGGUGAGCAUGCUGGGGAAAGGGUUUGGAGAUGUCGGGGAGGCCAAAGGCAGCAGUACCACAGGGUCUCAGUUUCUGGAGCAGUUCAAGACAGCCCAGGCGUUGGCUCAGCUGGCAGCUCAGCACACCCAGCCUGCUGGGAGCACCACUGCUGCUUCCUGGGACAUGGGAUCCACUACGCAGACCUCGUCUCUGGUGCAGUACGAUCUCAAGAACCCAACAGAUUCUUCCGUGCAUAGUCCCUUCACUAAGCGACAGGCCUUCACGUCAACCUCGACCAUGAUAGAAGUGUUUAUUAGGAGAAAACAGCCUGUGGUGACGGCCUCCACAACCACACCGGCACCCCCAUCCUCCCCGCUGCCCAGCAAAACCAAUCCUGUGCCCCAGAUGUCCCCAGGGUCCUCGGAUAACCAGUCCUCAAGUCAGCCAGCACAGCAGAAGCUGAAGCAGCAGAAGAAAAAAGCAUCAUUAACAUCAAAGAUUCCUGCACUUGCAGUGGAAAUGCCUGGCUCGGCGGAUAUCUCAGGGCCUAAACCUGCAGUUUGGGGCGUACAGUUUUGGUCGGAGCCUGUUCUCGCUGAGUACGAGUCGACGCCCACAACCAGCGCUGCCGUUAGCCAGUCUCAGAGCAGCCUGUACACAGCACGUGAAUCUUCAUCCACGAUUUCAUCCAAUCAAAGCCAGGAGUCUGGUUACCAGAGCGGCACAAUACAGACAGCAACAUUUACCUCCCAGAACAGCGCUCAGGGACCACUGUAUGAACAGAGAUCCACCCAGACGAGGCGAUACCCAAAUUCCAUAUCCUCCUCGCCCCAAAAAGAUCUGACCCAGGCUAAGUUCAGUAACAUCAGAAUGGGUUUCAGUUCUGUACAGCCCGCGCCGUUACAAACCACACAGGCCGUUGAAGGUGCUACAGGCCCCGCAGUGAAAUCCGAUUCCCCCCUCUGCUCACAGUAUCACACCUCUCAGUGAUGGGUGUCUGCAUCGUCCUUGCUGACAACAGCCAGCCAUCACUCGACAGCUCUGAGCAGCCUGAGCCACAGGGAGCUCCCCAGUACAACCACUGCCCAGCUCAGCAGUGCGUUGCCCCCACAGCAGAACAGUCUGUCCUCAUCCACAUCCUCUGGGCGAACAUCAACUUCAACUCUCCUGCACACGAGUGUGGAGGGUGAAGCGAGCCUCCAUUCUUCUGCUAGCACUUUCUCCACCUCCUCCAGCACGGUGUCGGCCGCGCCGCCGGUGGUCAGUGUUUCAUCCAGCCUCAGCAGCGUCAGCAGCCUGGGCCUCAGCCUCAGCAGCAACUCCACGGUGACGGCCUCCACUCGAAGCUCCGUUGCAACAACAUCAGGAAAAGCUCCUCCUAAUCUCCCUCCUGGAGUCCCACCGUUGCCUAAUCCAUACAUCAUGGCUCCAGGGUUACUACAUGCCUAUCCACCACAGGUGUACGGAUACGAUGACUUGCAAAUGCUCCAGACGAGAUUCCCAUUGGAUUACUACAGCAUCCCAUUCCCCACACCCACCACCCCGCUGACUGGAAGAGAUGGCAGCCUGAGCAGCAAUCCAUACUCUGGUGACUUAACAAAAUUUGGCCGAGGAGAUGCCUCUUCUCCUGCUCCUGCAACAACUCUGGCACAGCCUCAGCAGAGCCAGACCCAGACCCAUCACACCACGCAGCAGACGUUCCUGAACCCGGCGCUGCCUCCUGGCUACAGUUACACCAGUCUGCCGUACUACACAGGGGUACCAGGGCUCCCAAGCACCUUCCAGUAUGGGCCCGCCGUGUUCCCUGUUGCUCCUACCUCUUCCAAGCAGCAUGGUGUGAAUGUCAGCGUCAACGCAUCAGCGACCCCCUUCCAACAGCCCAGUGGCUACGGCUCUCAUGGGUACAGCACUGGUGUAUCCGUGACAUCCAGUAAUACAGGCGUGCCAGACAUCUCGGGCUCUGUCUACUCCAAAACUCAGCAAUCCUUCGAGAAGCAGGGAUUUCACACUGGAACCCCGGCAGCCUCCUUCAACCUGCCUUCGGCACUGGGCAGUGGUGGCCCCAUCAACCCUGCGACGGCGGCGGCGUAUCCCCCCACCCCCUUCAUGCACAUCCUGACCCCGCAUCAGCAGCCCCACUCGCAGAUCCUCCACCACCACCUGCAGCAGGACGGGCAGCUUCCAUAUUUGCAGAUGAUACUGUGCUGCCAACGCCAGCAGGAAGAUCAGAGCGGCUCCGGGCAGCGCAGCCAAGGCAGCUCCAUCCCCCAGAAAUCCCAGGCCAACAAAUCCGCCUACAACAGCUACAGCUGGGGUGCCAACUGAGGCCGGGCCCCACCACCACCACUUUGCUUCCGGAAGAGAAUCCCAGCUACCCCGAUGAUGCUGAAGGAUCCCAGGGAGGAGAGAGCCCUGUGGUGGGGAGCGCCCAGGCCCCCAACCCCGGCAGGGCCCCGCAGGGCAGGCCGCAGGCGCCUCUGCGUUGUCUGUCUUCAG